CGCUCCCGCGGCCGCCCCUCCCCCGCCGCUCGCCGCGCUCGCGGGGCACCGGUGGUGGCGCCGGGGCAGCUGCGGCCUCAGGGCUGUGUGUGUGUGAGCCUGUGGUAGCCAUGGACUCUCCGUGGGACGAGCUGACGCUGGCCUUCUCCCGCACGUCUAUGUUCCCCUUUUUUGACAUCGCCCACUAUCUAGUGUCCUUGAUGGCUAUGAAGCGGCAGCCGGGAGCAGCAGAGGUGGCAUGGAAGAAUCCAAUUUCAAGUUGGUUUACUGCUAUGCUCCACUGCUUUGGUGGGGGAAUUUUAUCCUGUAUUCUGCUUGCAGAGCCUCCAUUGCGGUUUCUUGCAAACCACACUAAUAUUUUGCUGGCCUCUUCAAUCUGGUAUAUUGUAUUUUUUUGCCCAUAUGACCUAGUUUCGCAUGGCUACUCAUUCCUGCCUAUUCAACUACUGGCUGCUGGAAUGAAGGAAGUGACCAGAACCUGGAAAAUAGUAGGUGGAGUCACACAUGCUAACAGCUAUUACAAAAAUGGCUGGCUGGUCAUGAUAGUUAUUGGAUGGGCCCGAGGUGCAGGUGGUACUAUUAUCACAAAUUUUGAACAGUUAAUAAAAGGAUAUUGGAAAUUGGAAAAUGAAGAAGAUUGGCUGAAGAUGACCUACCCUUCGAAGGUAACUCUUCUGGGAUCAGUCAUCUUCACAUUCCAGCAUACCAAGCAUCUGGCAAUAUCAAAGCAUAAUCUUAUGUUCCUUUAUACCAUCUUUCUUGUGACCACAAAGAUAACCAUGAUGAUUACAGAGACUUCGACUGUGACGCUCGCUCCCUUUGAGGAUACGCUGAGUCGGAUGCUGUUUGGCUGGCAGCAGCAGUUUUCCUUUGAAAAGAAAAGUGAAACCAAACCAUCUUCCAAUGGCACUGGGUCAUCAGCCUCAAAACCUGUAGCUGAGGCUUCAGAUCCUGUUAAAAAGAAACAUAAUAAGAAGACUGAGUAAAUGUCCUUGGUGAAUUCUAAAAGACAAAAAUUUUUUUUCUUAUCUACCUACCAGAUUGUGAUAAUAUUUCUAUGUGAAUAAUGUGAAAUAAAGAUUACGUGUGAAGAAUGGAGGUGAGAAAAAGGAAGAAA